CCAAUAAUUGACUGAGACGUCAGCCGGUCGCUGAACUGUACAUCUCCCUUGUCGCCUCUGAAGUCACACCAUGAUCGAGACCCCUACCAUCCUCCCAAGCAUCACGCAGUGCACCCUCAUCCCCGGGCUCAUCUCCCUGCCCGUUGUCGGGCACGGCCUCCAUCUGUGUCGGCUCUCCUUCUUGUGUUCGUGUCUCUGUCAUGGCAGCUUUCUCGGCAUCUGCAUCUGGCUGUGGUGGGUGGGUGUGUUGUUGUCGUUCUGGAGGGUGUAUGUUGUCGUUGUUAAGCACCGAACGAAUGGCCGCGAUCAGCUCAUCUUCGGUCGGCACAUCUGACAAUGAAAUGAGUGAACGGACAGGGUGGGGACAUGGAUGUGCAGGAAAAGUUCCAAAAGUUACCAAUCAAAGGACAGAUGUCGUGCAGGCGGCCAACGAUCUGCACUCAGGCAGACAGACGCAUUCCCAUGAUGGAUGCGAUGCGCGUGAGUGGAAGCUGGGCAGAUGAGUGCCUCUGUCUGUCUCACCUACCUCUCUGAACAGCGGCACGUACUUCGACCCCAUCGCUGCCAGGUCGCAGGCCACCCGGGCGAUGUCGGCCUGGGGGAAGGCAUCAACGAGGCUCUCAGCACGCAGGGCCAAUGCCUGACGCUCACACAUACACAGAUAAAGAGAGAUAAAAUGUUGGCUCAUUCGGAAGAAAAUGUGUGUGUCCAUCCACUCACUCACCUGUGUGACAUCGUCGUUGGCCAUGUGCAGCUGCCGGAGCGACCUGGCGAUGCGAACAACAGCGCGAUGCCUGGUUGGACACCCGAAGAGACACAUAGGGGCACCCGGCAACACACAAAGACAUGCAUGUGUGGCUGGUCAGUCUUUCGAUGUCAAGAUUACGUGAGAUAGGGGCAUCUGGGCAGGACGCCUUGGGUCAGCACGGCAUCCAACAGCUCCCCCGGCUGCACAGUACAUGCAUACACACCCACACACAUAUGCCAUCGACCAGACCAGUGUGUCUCCCCCCUUGCUCUCCUCACCGCAAUGCCGAUGAUGGGGAGGGCUUCCAGCAGAUCGACCGUCUCCCACAGCGUCAACAAGCCGCCCUAGAUGAACCGAACACACACAUCCAUGUCGAUAUGAUGCGGCCCAGGUCUAUGUCAUCUGUUCACCUUUGCGCAACUGUUGAGUGCCCCCACGGCCGCUUGCAGCAUCUCCACUGCCAGCCGCUCAGCAUCGGUAUCGCCGUCCACUGCGUCAGCCUCUGUGCCCCCAUGUUGCUCCUUCCUCGCGUAAUGCAGCUGCAGGAGAGCGAGGCUCGACCCACGCAGCAACGUAAUCGCCCCUGCAGUGCACCGGCACGCCCACACAACACAUCACAUGCAUGACAAAAGAUUGCGUGCUUGUUGGGGCGCGUGCAUCACACUGACUGACUGACUGGCUGACUGACCUCUGGGUGUGAGCUCAUUGCACCUCUCCCUGAAGCUCUCGGCAACCACUCGCAACAAGCCCCCCAUAGGCAGCCCACAAGACGCGCCGGCGUGCAGCCACCCCACCAGCACAUCAUACUCACACCUCUGCGGAUCCAGCGCCGUCAGCGCAUUGUCCAGCCGUGCCGACAACGCCUCAGUGAAGAACGCCAGCAUCGCCGGAGAAAGCCCUUGGAGCCGCUGAAACAUGUUCAGACACCCGGCCAGCCUCGUCCAGGAGCACCAUUCCACCUGGUCGAAUAUCGAGCGGUACAGACACUGCAGCACAUCGGGGUCGUCCAUGACGGCCUCACUGCCCUCCUUGCUGUCCGCCAGAGCCCGCAGCAGCUUGUGGAUCUCAUCGGGGCGGAAGUCGGCGGCCUUGGCCUGCGCCUGGAAGAGGAUGUCUUUCCAAAUGGACGCGCCGGCUCGCUUCUGCAUGUCCGUGUGUCGGCUGAGCUUGUGUGCGUAGUGGGCGAGAACUCGAGGGCGCAUGUCGAACACGGAGAGAUCAAACGCUGAUCUCCUGUGUGCAGGGGGAUGGAGAGGGGGAGCAGGUACGGCCUCAUUGGGGAACGGGGCGCCCGUAGCAGCCGUUGUGAGAGGGCGAUGGUAAGCGUGACAUGUUGAAGGGAGGAGAGCAGGAAGCAGCGUCAGGUCAGACGGAGCCCAGAUCUUGGUCAAUCCCCAACAUGCCCUCUUCGCCGGUCGCAGUGAUGUCAUU